CAGUCAGCCAAACACUAUAUACAGCACUGUUGAACAGGCAUUUACAACUUACAAUAAUUUUAUUUGUAAUACGGAUAUGUAAUAUUCAUUUGGAUUCGAAUAUAUAUGAAGCCAUUAAAUAGUUAUACAUAAUUUGAAACUGUUGGCGUAACACAAUUUUCAUUCUUUUCGAAUAACGUUUCUUUCCGUUAAAAUUGUAGGUGUAUACAAUUAACAAUACAUUGUGAUGUUUGGGAAAAAUCUAAAUAAAAUUAGUGUUUAAGUGUGGUGCAGUAGUUUAUUCCUUAUGAAAUAGAUAUUUGGUGAUAUUAGUGAUAAUGAAUACGCGAGUGUUGUCCGUGUUGAUGUGGAAACAUGCAAUGGUUAGGAAACGAAGGUUUAUCCAGACAGCUGUGGAAUUUGCGUCACCUCUCAUGUUUUUCUUAUUGUUAUUUGCUUUCAAAAAUCAACUGAUACGAAAGCCUUCUGCAGAACAAAGAGACCCAGUGGCCAACACGGAAGUAGUGCCUAUGACAGAUUUCCCGGCUCCCCGAUGGAUCUUGUUCUACCCUGACACACCGCUUACCGAAACACUAAUGGAUGAAGUGGGCCUCAAACUUAAAAUGAAGAAGCUUAACAAGUUUCCUGAUUACACCGUAAGAGGAUACUUCCCCGCUACAAAUAAAAGUCUUAUCAAUGAAUUCGCGUCUAAAAUGAGGUUCAAAGAAGCUAUCGUUAUUUUUCAAAAAAUGUCCGGUGAGACAUGGCCAGAUAGACUGAACUACACGAUACGAAUAAAGGACGACUUCGGGAUCAACUCGUACGAGAGCCUCGAUGUCAAUCCUGGACCACAUAGAAUGUUUGGUAUAAAAUACGAGACGUUCAUGCGUAUCCAGUGGGCGAUCGACACGAGCUAUCUCAAACUGCUGACCAGCACUGAAGUUACUCAGGAACUUACGACACAAGAGUUCCCGUACUAUCAGUCUCAGAACAAUGAGAGUAUAGGUAUCGUCUGCUUGCUUAUGAAGACGGUCUGCUGGAUAUCCAUGAUGCUGCCCUUCAUAUUCCUCAUGGGCCGGCUCCUGCAAGAACGUGCCACCGGCAUACAGGAACUGAUAAAAAUGGUGGGAGUUUCUCAAAACAUUCUAGGGUUAUCACACUUCCUAAACGUGUUGCUGAGCGGGCUAGUAUUCUCUAUCGGAGGUACCAUACUACUGAAGACGACCUCCAACCCUCUCAUCAACAACUCCAACGGAUUCCUCAUAUUCCUGAUGCUGCUUCUCUACUUCAACACUAUCAUGGCCAUGGCCUUUGUCUGCAGCUACGUUUCGAAAGGAAGUAAGUCGAUUUUUGCCUCCCUUCGCUGAGCCUAAGUAAUUUACCGUAAUCACUAAAA